AUGGCACUCUCGAACCCCUGCCCUGGGCCGUACGUUUCAUCUUCUCAUGACGCCUACAGCUGCCCACAAGGAUUGAACAUUGCGGCCGCGCCAGCGUAUCCGACCCUCGGCCUUCCUCCUACUUUUGUCAGCAGCAGUGUCGCCUCGUUGAUACCGUCCGUGCAGAGCCAGGCAGUCUGCGCUGGUUGUAGCGCUGGAUCAGCAGGCGGCUCCCACGUUCGCCAUGCAGAUGGCAGUGGCCUGAUGGGGACGGGUUACACACUCCACGUGCCUGCUUACGCCGCCAUUACACCAGAUCGCAUAGCACAGCCGUACGCAGGUGGGCCCCCCUCUUACGUGUUAGGACCAGUAUACCCUCCACAACCAGUAUUUCCGCAGAACCUUUUCAGCGCAGACAUGUAUCGGUCCGGCUGCGCUGGAAACGCUACAUCCUUGGCGGAGCUGCAGGCUCGGAACCCCUCCCAAUGUGAGGGGGGCCCCGAAGCUUGCGCUUCCCUCAACUUGGUCAGCGACAACAGAGCCUGCCAGCCACUUGAACAACAGAAAUCGAAUGCAUCUUCUGCAGAGCCGACUGCAGAAAGCACCAGGGCGGAACAUCCGAUAACAGGCUCUGUUGCCAGCGAGAACUUCUUGCCUGCGAGUAUCGAGGGCGAGCACCGUGAACUUCUUCCGUUUAGCGCGCCUGUGCCCGCGAGCUACAUCGAAGGUCGGGGCGGAGAGCGGAAGGCAUCUGCGGGUCAGACAGCUCGGGAAAAACGCAGGUACAGAGAGUUUUUACAAGCUCAGAUUGCUCUGAGGAAGGAACGGGACAGAGCGGAACGAGCGCGCGAGCUAGGAGUCGAUUUCCUCCCCGAAACAAAGCAACACCGACCCGGGCUUCAGGGCGGUACUGGCGAUUCCAGCACAAACGGCAAGUCUGCAGAGUUGCAGGCAGAAACCGAUGCCGGCAUCAGGCGAGCCUUCCUCGGCAGGCGAGGAAGCACCCCAAAUCAUGACACGUUUAAGCAGAUGGCCCAAGCUCCACCCACCACCGAUCGCCUAAAACAACAAAAAGAGUACGGCGAGUUCCUAAAGAGGCAAGCGGAGCAGAAGAGGCUCGAGAGGGAGCGAGCUAAGGAUGAGGAAGUAGCCGAAGACAAGCGGAUACUCGAAAUCGCUCGCCAGAUGGAGCUCAGCUCUUCUCAUAGUUACCGGCUUCCUCAGACCAGUCAAAGCAGGCAACGCACGAGAGACCUGCGACUGGCUGCGGAGCGAACUACGAUACCCGGCGAGCCCCUCGUCACUGGCAUCCAAGAGGGUCGUGAUCGCUCGGCCGACCACUGCGCAAAACAAGCGAGUAGCCCGCCUGACGGUGACAUUUGUCACUCCCGCAGCGUUCCGAGCGACAAGCGAAACGGCUGCAGUGCCCCUUCGUCUCGACAAGCAGAAGACCCACGAGGCGAAACAUUGAGCCUCGGGGGCAGACGGAUGGAAGAUGCGCUGUCACAACCGAAGCAGGCGCUCAUGUCUCGCGAAGGCUUGGAUGAGACGCGGGGUGGAGCCGAAGAGCAGUGGCGCCAGAAGUUAAUCAGGAGACAGCUUUAUCAGCAAGCACUAGCGGAGCAGAUUCGAGAGAAGGAAGCUCGAAAAGAGGAGGAAAAACAGAAGAGACUGAAGGAGCAAGCCGAAGAACGGCGACUCAUGGACGAGGCGCUGGAACAGGAGAAACGAAUGCCGCGGACAGGACGAAAACACGUCAGAACGUCUGACGAGGAUGCCGAUGCCUUCGGACUCCCCCGCCCUUCUGAUGGGCCUCCUUGCCAGUUGUCGAAGGGAGUUAACGGCUUUGCCGCUUCUGCAGCGACGACUGUGGCAGUUACGCCUCCUCCUGAGACGAUGCCGAGUCGGGACGCCGCCGGCAGGCCGUCCGCAGUGCCAGAUGGCCCCGAAGGCUUCGAGAAACCUCCUCCGAGCUCUGCGGGAGCAUGCACGAUCUCGCCCUGGGUGGAAGCCACCGACAAGAAAAGCGCCAGCUGUGCGGUUGACGGCGGCCACUUUCCAUGUGGCUUCACAGAUCAUACAUUGGGCUACUGCCGCCGCUACGCUGUUCGCUGUAUGGGUCGCUGCGUGGGCCCUGGGUCACCGUGUCAGCGAAUGCGCGACUUCACCAGCUGCAGGCCAAACACAAAGUCUGGGGAAGCUGACACCUUAGACAUCGUGGGGUUGGAUCUAGAGGCUGUGCGAGCUGAGAUCAAGCGGCAGCAAGACGAGCUACGCAGCAUGCAGCUCCAGCAGCAGCUGGCUCAACUGCAGCAGCGUCUGCAACAGGACGAACUCAAUCGGGCCCUGUUUGGGCUCUUGGAGAGCAGGAAUGUGCUGCUUCCGUCGAACGGCGGUCACAGCUCGGGGGCAAGCGAAUCAGAGAGUGGGGUUCCUGUUGCUGCAAGACCGCAACCCCCACCUCUUGACAUUUCGGCGGUGCUCCGUCUGGAGCAGCGAGGGGCGAAGCUUCCAGACAACAGACAAGAGGCACUGGCGCGCAGUGUUUUGCAGGUGGCUCAUGGUUUGACUGGCGGGUCGCUGCAGCCGGAUGCGACGCAUCAACCUACUGAAAAGGAUGUUCCCGCUAGUCAGGCGACAGAGACCGCGCUGGGCGGCUGCUUGCUGCGUCUGCUUACUCCGUUUUUCACCCACGUGCUGGGGGAUCAGAGAGAAAGAGUAGAAAAAGCUGAAGCGCCUAUUGAAGACCGUGGUGGGAGCCCGAAUGCACGUGAAGACGACCCGAAAGCGGAGGCAGCGGAAGUCCAUCACGGCGGCCGCACGAGCAGAGGACGGAGCGAGUUGUCAGUCAGGCUGGAGCCGCCCAACAGCCUCUCGAAAGAGAAAGAAAGAGGAGGAUCAGAAAGGCAGAGGAAAGCCUGGUCCAGCAGUCCCCCAGUGCCAGCUAUCCGUGCCAGUGAGCGCCAACGAGGCAUUCGCGGGGGAGAAGCGGCAAGCGCAAGAGCGUCGAGUCGAAACUCAGAUAGAUCACACGGGGAGGGAUUUGACUGCGGAGGAGUCCGGUCCCACUUCCUACGAAUCGACGAGGUGAUUGACGGGUUUGAAAAGGCGCUGGAGACUGAGGCGGGCGGCCGCCAGAGCCGCCUAGGCGGCACGUCGAGAGCCUUGUCGCCCCCGCCUUCUCCCGCUUGCUCUCUCUGUUGCAGCCACCGACAGGAUGCACCAAACGCGUCUUGCGGUAUGUCCCUCUGCACAGACUACUCGCUCGCCUUCGGGGAUGCCACCGCCUCUCUGGCGCUCCGAAUCGCUUCCGCGACGCCUUCAAAAAAACUCGAUCGGUGCGAAGGCUGUCCGGACUGGAGCUGUACGCGAGGUGAACGAUGCGCGAGCUGCGACACAGACGAUUCAGAGGAAAGUGGAAUCAACUUGGAAAAACUACCGCAAGCCAUGCGGAGGCGGUUCCUCUCGAUCCGAGCUCUGGAUAAUCUGGCAGCUCGGACUUUCUGCGUGGAAGACGACUCCGGCACCGCUCUUGGUUCAGAGGGCGAUUCUAUUUGCGAGCCUGCUUUGCCCCCUGUUCCUGCUGGAUCCCCUUCGGACUUUCUUCGGUUCAUACCCCUCAACUACCCUUCAGGUAUGCCAAGAAGGGCUCACAGUCUCUCCCCGCUUUCGCGUGGUCUGCGGCUCGGGAUUGCGCCACCGGUGUCUUCCCCGGGCUCUGGCGAGGCUGGAGCCAGCAGGCGCGGAGGCAAGAAACGUGGCGCAGACAAAGAGCCCUCAAAGACUCCGGGAAAGUUGUUUCUAGCUCUGCUGCAAAAACGACGGGCGCAAACCGAAAGACUUCAGAGGAUGAAAGAGCCUCUCCGACGCAAAGAUCGAUUCCGGGGUCGGCUGACUUGGGACGCCGAUAUUAUGCACGCUUUCAGCAGAGACCUUGGCAGCGGAUUAGACGCCGUAGCAAAUGCACUCGCAGAGGCUCCGCAGGAAGAAACGAAGGAUACCAAACAUGACACAGAGGAAAAGAAGUUAAGGAGAUGGAGCAUUCUGCGGCGCGCCGCCAAGCUGAGUCAUCGUCUAAGCAGGAAAAGGAUCAGCUUCGCCCCGGACACCAUCGCAGCACGCGAGCAGCUGGUAGAAGAAAGUGAGCGUGGGAAAAACGAUACGACAGUGGAAGAUGAAAAUGAGAACUCCCAACAGCCGGUGCCGAAAGCCUCUGAAAACUAA